AUGAAUUCUUUGGACGGUAUCGGAAAGAUGAAGCUGUUGUCAAUAACUGAAGAAAGUACAGACGAAGGCCAAAAUGCCGUAUUAGAGAUCGUCUCUUCAAUCAAUACGAGCGCUUUAUUUGAUCAAACCCCAUCUCUCGAAACUUUAAGCAAUGCCGGCCCAAGUACGCAGGAGGCACCUACAACAACCGAUCCUGAGGCUUCCAAGGCCACGCAAAGGAUUCAGUUUGUUAGGAACUUGGCACAGUUGGCUUCUGCCCAAAUCAAUACGGAUCGGUAUCCAUCCGAUUAUCAGAGGCAAUUGGCCAGACGCAGUGCUAUGCACCGAAAACGAAUCAUCGAAGAGAUUGAAAGGACCAAGCCUCCUAGCCCAAAGAAUGACAAGACUGAUGAGAAAUCCGAGCACAGUGCAUGUUGCGAUGAAGUAGGAACUGAAGCUAGGGAUGAUUUUGGUGAUGAAAUGGGUGAAUAUGGCGAAGGAGGCGACGUAUACGAAAUGUAUGGACAGUGGUCCCAGAUACGCAUGCGGUACUUGCAACCAAACCAUGAUGAAGCCGAACCACCAUCAGCAGGAGCUAUCGUCUUAGGAGCUGGUGACGACACAAACGCUGAAGAAAAUUGGGACGAUCUAUAAUAAUUGCAUAACCCAAUUUAUCAAAUAU